CACCUUUUCAAAGUUUUUAUCGACCUGCCUAUUGUAUGUGGUACGCGUGAUAGGUCUCCUUCCCUUGACUUAACCGAUCAUUGGUUCUAUUUUUAUACACAGAGGCAGGGAAAAUCCAAGUUUAUGUUCGAGUACGUCCAUUUACGGAAAGAGAAAAGGAAAAGCGUGAACCAAAUGCGAUUGAAAUUCACCAAGAACAUUCUCUGGUAUGUGUUACGAAUAUCAUGUCAAAUUAUGGUCCCCGUAAUACGACAUAAGGUAAAGUUCAUUAAUUUACAAUGUGCCGUUUCCGUACUCCAAAACCUCUCACUUUUAAAACUGUGAGGUCAAGUGCGAAGCCUUUUUUGUAAAAAAGAGUUUUAUGUGCAUGAGAAUAAAACUCAUUUCCAUAUCAAAGGCUUCACCCUUAACCUCGUUUUAAAACAGAGGUUUGAUGCAACUCAGAAAUGGCCGAUUCGACGCAGUGGUAUAUUGCGCAAUUGAAACAAACGUUUCAUAAUUUUUUAACAUGUAAACCGACAUAUGAACUUGUAAAAAUUACUUUAAUUUUCGUAUUUCUUCCAUAAUCAGAUUCGUGUUCUCGACCCAAGAAGUCGAACAAACUAUUUCUUCGACGGUGUGUUCAGCCCAGAGGCGACUAAUCACGAGGUAAUUUUAAAUCACGAUCUUCACUACAAACAAGUCUUUGCCGUAAAUCUAUAUCGUAUUUAAGUACUGUGUUAUCCAAGACUGUCUUCAUGUUUUUAUUUCUAGAUUGGCAUACUCGUUAUUUGAGUUCCGCGGAAAAUCUUUUAGUUGAACUUAAGCCCAAACAAUUUCUUUGCCCACUGACAAAAUGAACUGAUACGCAAAUAAACCAGUCAAAUUUCGGCACAAUAACAUUCAGCAAUUAAAUUACAACUAAGGACGGGAAACUCAUGCAAAAGUCGCGAUUAGUGGUUUCAAUCAAAGAACAUGGCUUGUGAUAUUGUAGCCAAUUACAAACCAAAGCAGAGACUCGCUGAGACACGCUGUCUGAACAACAGAAUACGCCGCGCAAGUCCUUGUUUGCUCAUAGCUUCGGCACAUUUAUAUACAUUCCAACUGCAACAUUUUCCUUUAACAUGACGUGCCCUUACUCUUGUAAAAUGGAUUCACUUUUUGCCGUUUUCAAGCUUUAUCUUAAAGUUGGGAAGCCGCUGGUUUAUGCUGCUCUAAAUGGAUACAAAGGGACUCUUCUGACAUAUGGACAAACAGGAACAGGUAUUGUUAAAAAACAACAUGACAAAAAUUAUCAGGUCACGAUUUAAAUUAGGUAUCAGAAUAUAGUUUUUCAGAACUACAAUUUAAGUUGGGUAUCAAUACCACCACAUUCCUUCUUUUAUACAGGUUUAAAUCUUAUAAUUUUAGCAACUGUUUUAAGCUUAAUUCAUACUCUAUUUUUAUUUAUUAUUACACCAUUGUAAUUUUUGAAAAAGCCAUCAGUUUAACUUACGUUAGUAAUAGUUAAUUAGUAUGAUGACUGAGAAACCCUCUUUGGGGAGUGCCAAUAUGGUAUAUGUUGCAGUUAAUUUUUUUAACUCAAUUAAUUUUUAUUUUUCUAUUGUGUUUGGGCAUGGUAAUGUAUCCUAAUGAAUUUUAAGCAAAGGAAAAACAAAAAUUAACUGCAACAUAAUAUACAAGCUAGUCUAUUCAGUGACAAGCCCAUCGUCGACCAUCAGCUCAAUGAAUAAAACCAAAUUGUCCAGUGAACCUCCUCGUUUAGCCCGAUAAGACACCGUAAUAAGCAAUCUACCAAGGAGGUGGGAAAAUGAAGUAUCUGCGACGUAGCUCAGGGUUAUUUGCUUUUCAGAUGAAAAUCUAAAUCUAACCUUUUAAACUACAUUAAACCUUUCAGGAAAAACCUUCACAUUGUUGUCAGAUGAUGGCAUUACCACAAGAGUUGUUCAACACUGUUUUGAGAAAAUUGACAACGAUGAGAUUCACACAUACAAGGUACUUUUGACGUUGUCCUCCUUUACUACUCCUGCCAGAUUUAUUUCGUUCCAUUGAAGGCUUCCUUCCAAUGCAGCGAUCAAUUCCUUUUUGUAACGCCUCUCUCUUUGAUUUUCUUGCUUGCUUAAGCCAAACGAAACUUGAAACGCCUCUGAUGGCGCCCUAAUUGUGACUCCACAGGGUUUGUCAAGAACAAUAUUCAACACAGCCUACUUUACUUAAGAGGCCUAAUCCGUUGGAAAACUCUAAGGACCGCUUUAGAGAGCUGUCUGCCUCAUAGUCAACGAUGACUAAGUUAGGUUGGCGACAUUAUAUAAAAGGCAGUACCCGGUUAAAGAGGUGGUAGAAGUGGCGAAUUAUAAGUCUUAGAGCUUUUAUUUAAUCUGACAAAAGGAGUAGCCUUGAACCUUCUUAUGAUUACAAACUGAAUGACGCAGUUAUACAGUUUCUUUUGAAGAACUAACCUCUUCUUCGUUGUUUAUUUAACCAGACGUAAUUAAUCGAUAAAAAUCGAUAUCGGAAAUCAAUCGAUAUCAUCGAUAUUAAUCGAUUUAAUCCGCCGAUUAAUAUCGAUUGAUAUCGGAAAUGGAUAGAAAUCGAAGUCACAGGAAAAAUAAUUUAUCAAUUAUAAUCGAAUAGAUAGGAAUCGAUAGUAAUCGAUAACAAUCGAUAAAAAAUCAUCAUCGAUUUCUAUCGGAAAAUCGUCGAAUAUUAAUCGAAGUCACAACUUUUUUUCUUCACCGAUUUCUAUCCAUCGAUAUCGGAAAUCGAUAUUCAUCGAUGGUUCGUAUCGAUUACCGUCGAUUAUCGGUUUAUCGAUUAACUACAUCUGGAUUUAAUCAUGGCUGGAUUGGUUAUCUCUGCCCAGGUUAUGUGCUCAUUUCUGCAAGUCUAUCAAGAAAAGGUUUAUGAUCUACUGAAUCCUCGGCUUAUGGUAGAUUUACCAGUCAGGGAACAUCCGAAGAAAGGUACGCACGCGUUCCUAACAAGAACCAAAUUUUGUCAAUUAUCCACAGAUCGCCAGAGGCUGGGGUUCUAUUCAAAAAUAGAACUCAAAAGCGGUGGUUAACAUUGUGAACUUUCGCAUUUUUACAUACGCUUGACGUUUCGUAUGCUAGUCAAUAUAAAUUACAUUUUCAAAAGUGAUCAAAAAUGGCCAAUAUCUGUAACCAAAAGUGACGGUUAUCUUCGCUGUUUAAGUCGCAGUGCUAAUACCAAGAGGACGUGAAACAAGGAAACCUUUUCCCUCUUAUUAUCAAUAUUCUAUAAUCUAUUGUAGCGGAUCAAUAUUCUAAUUCUCUGAAACAACAAAAAAGUUUUCGAGAACUUUGAAUUCUUUUUCCAUAACACUCUGUAUUGGAGACGGUCAAAAGUUGGCAUUUUAAGGGGUUUUUUCAGCUCUGAGCACCAAGGGAAAAAUUUAGUUCAAAAUUCCACUGACAUUCUCCCUAUGCGGAAUGGUCUCCUUAUUAAAAGGUGUCAUUUUCUCUUGUUGCUUGUUGAACUUUUCAGUACAAACAGCACUACCCCGAAUCAGGCUCCGCCCACACGAAACUGUUUUUGUUAACAAAAAUAUAUUUUUGAUAUUUUUUCUCCCGUUUGGCCUACAGUCCACACGUGUCCGUUGAAAACGGUCACCGAAAACGGAUCUUUUUAAAAAUGCUCUCCAGGGUGGAGAUUUUUGAAAACGCCGGCUUUUCGUUUACGUGUGGACGGACAAAAGCGGAGGUUUUCAAAAACGAUUCGAAUACGCUACAUAAAGAUGCUUAUUUUUUUAAAAACGGAGAAAAAAGUCUCGAUUUUUAAAAAUAUCCGCAUUCGUGUGGAAGGGGCCUCAGCGACAGAAAAAAAAUUCAUUUGCAUGAAAUUUUGUUCCAGGUGUUUACGUUGCAAACUUAACACAGCACGAGGUAAAGAGCGCUGGAGAUGUUUUUGCGCUUUUGGAGGUUGGAAAGCAACAUCUUGUUAUUGCCGAGACCAAAAUGGUCAGGCAUUCAAGCAGGUAAAGCACUACUGGAAACAGCUUUCGUUUUCAAAGAUCUGACACUCAGUUGAGUCUCAUAUAAAUUAAUUUGUGUAAAACAAUAAAUAUGCGUCAAUGACAAAGUGUGAAGUCAAGAUGGCACCAUUUCAUGGUGAAUUAAUUUUCUUUGUUUGUUAUUGUUGUUGUCUGUGAACCGAACUUUGCGAGUAUAUAUUUUCCCCAGUUUCGAAAGGCACGGCUUGAAUCUAAAAAUGUCUCUGGAUUUGAAGACGUCUCUCUAGAAGAUCAGGCAAAUUGCAUUGUGGGGGUGGUGUUGUAAAUCGUAAGCCCUCUGACACUUCAGUUGUUAGUAACCAAUGGAAACUCCUGUGUGAAGAUUCAGUAUUUACUCUCCAAGUUUAAUUGUUGGACAGAGAUCUGGCUACUUCCUAAUACAAUCGGACCUUCAAUAACGGCCACCUCUCUACAACGGCUACGUUUUUGGCUGACAGUCCAUACAUUGACCCUUGCUGAGAACAAUCACUCAGUGGAACCGUGUUAGUCUUUCUUUGAGAACACUAAUUUAACAAAAUUUAAACAGUCCAUUUCUUCAUUCAAUCAGAGUCCUGUAAACUCGAAAACAAUGUACUCUGCAUUUUUCUUUUUUCGUAAUAUUUAGCUGACCCCACACCAUCAAUCUUCGGCUUCGAAGGGUAGGCGUUACUGGUAAAUAAUAACCUCUCUACCACAGUCACCGCUCUUCAAAGGCUACUUUAUUCUGUCCACAAGGUGGCUUCUGUGGAGAGGUUUAACUGUAACCACAAAACAAGGUAAAGGCUCCACUUAGGAGCAAGAUGAAGCUUCGACGACGAACAAAAGCAAAUCGACAAAGAACUUCUUUUUCCCUACAGGUCUCACUCCAUCAUGCAGCUCAUUAUAGAAAGAAGACUCAAGGAACACAUUGCCAAUGGUAAGAGAGUAAACAAUUCAAGAAAUUCUAAAGCAAGUCGAACACCAACAACAUUGACCAGAUUUGAAGGCGGAAAUUUAAACCAGGCAAAGAACUCCGCGCAAUCGCCGCCACCAACACCAUGAUUUAAUGCCCUCAGUCUCUAAAAUCAAAAAUACAAAAAUUAUCAAAACACCUUCCGAUGUCCCAGCAACACAGAAACGACUUCAUUUAUAUUAAAUCCCUUCGAUAGCCUUUGAGGUGACUCUCUAGUGGGCAAUGGGGAAAAAGGAAGGAGAGAAGUUAAGAACAGCCGGGGAGGCGGAAAGGAUGGAAAGGAUGGAAAGGCAGGAGGGAGGGCCAGAAGCACAACACGCUUCCCUGGGAGUCUGAUCACAGGCUUCCCUCGUAUUUCUUUAAAACCAUCACCAAGUCUUUUUAUUAUGGCGGGCGUUCUUAAGACAUUCAUUUCUCAUUUAAAAGAAAAACCGCCAAGUGAAAGUGACACCUCCGCCUCUCAGGAGACUGUUCAAGAAUCCAUUAUGGCUGUUGACGAAACCAUUAACAACCUCAUUAAAGAACUCAAACAGGAGAGGAAAAGCCACCAUAAGGUAAAGCCAUGCGGCACAUUUAAAGGUUUAUGCGGGCAAUUUAACUUACCUUCUAAUCUCUUUUGUCGUAGAUAGAUGGUGUGUUUGGACUCUAAAACUUCGAAAAAUGUAUGAAAAAAAAGGCAAAAACGACACAUUAUAUAUUGUAUAGAGAGAACAGUUUCCCUAAGUUUUAAAGUGUCUUUUAGAUACUAAAAGCGAGUAUUGUAAAAAAUGCGCUCUCCACUUGCAGUUUUUGAUACCUCUCCUUCUAGCUGGUUCUUAUGUAAUUUGAGUCUGCUAAAUUUCCUGUACUCAAUAUUCGCUACCUCCAUUUUGUUGUUGUUUUCUUGAUAAUUUGAUUGAAUUUUAUAUUUCAUCAUAGCUAUAAAACGUUCUUUUUCAUUUUUUAGCGUGAAAGGGAGUGCCUUAAAGAGCUAAUGGAGAAAGAGGUGGAAAAAGUUUCUUUGGUGAAUUAGUCCUUUACUUAGAUAAAAGACAACUUGAGACUACUUUUAACCUGCACAAAACGCUUGAUGAUAGAAGGUUCAACACCCUUCUACAUUUGUCAAGCAAUUAACCGGCCGAGCAAUGUCGCUGUUCAGCAAGUUACAACUUGAUGAAUUGUUCAGCAGCCUUUGACCUGUUGAUUAUCAGGAAUGCAUGAUGCACUGUUCAACGUUUGUUGAAGAAUAGCAGCGGCAUUUGUAGAUAGUCGACAAAUGUCCAACCGUGCACUUCUCUGUAAGAAGCUCUUAUUGAAUAUCACACUUUUGCUUUACAAAAAAUCACAAAGUAGAUGACUUCUUCAGUUAAAUUUCACGGUCUCUUUCCUUUUUACAAUCUUAAUUUUAUAAAGAUGAUGAUGAUGAUGAUGUUUUUUUCGGUUUCUAGCUGAACAACGGAAACAAUUUUGAAGGGGAUCUUAUUCUAAAAGGAAAAAUCAACUUGUAAGUAUUUUUUAGUUUCUUUACUGUUGGGUGGUAGAGAAAUGAAAAGCACGAAGGAUAAACGAUCAUGGCCAACUCUUUUUCAGGUGUGAUUUAGCCGGAAGUGAGAGGCUGACUAAGACAAAAGCUGAAGGAGUACGCUUGACAGAGGCAAAGUAUUUGAACACAUCAUUGCUUGAGCUUGGGUAGGUUAAAAUAUAGAUUUAAAAAAGCACAAUUACAUUAUUCGUGAGAAUUCAGCUCCUCCUUCUUAACUAUAAGCUCGAUGUUUCAAAUACUUCUUAUUGGCAAGCAUUUUCACUUAAAACGACCUUUUAAACAAUCCUGAAACGUGCUGGUAAGAUUCAUCAUCACGACAGCGCCCGUUCUGUAGGACUGUCCCGAAGAUUCUUAUUGCUUUUACUAAGACAGUACAAAACUUUUCAUUGUAAAAUGCUGCGUUUUCUAUUUACAAGUGAUGCAAUAAGUACGUUUUAUCGAUUAAAUAAGGAAAGUUAACACCACAGGCUACAAAGUUUACAUCGAAAAGCUAAGAAGCGCGUAUAAAAUUAGAACUGAUAAAAAAAAAGCGUAAAUAGAAAUGAGCAUAUUAGAGUCGCACCUCUUCUAACGGUUACGCGUCUCUUCCACAAUGGCCACUUUAUUUCUCUUGGAAGACAGUCCAUAAAUUCAUUCUAUCAUUCUGGUUAAACUUUUUCUGCAACCUCUCGCCCGCCUUUUGGGCAAUGGCCACUCCAUUACGUCCCGAUUGCAUUCAAGAAAACCCCUCCUGGAUAACAAUUUAAAAGCAAAAGAAGUUCAACUAAUAUACUGUCACCGCUUUGUUUUUUAAGAAGGACAGAUAUUAUAUACUGUCGAUUCAUUUUCUUACCCCACCCGUCAGGAAUGUGAUUUAUGCUCUUGCACGGGGACACAAGCGUCAUGUGCCGUAUAGGAAUUCAACUCUUACCAGGCUCUUGCAGGACUGCCUCGGCGACAAUGGAAAAACGAAUUUCAUAGUAAGAAAAUAACUAGCAGUACUUGUUUAUCUAACCUCUUAAUUGCCAAUGCCUUUUUGAGGCCUUAGGCACAGUAGGAAACUUAUAACUGUUUAUAAAAUGAAACUAAUUGUCAUGAUCUAGGUGACAAUGAUUGUCAUAUUAAUGUUAGAUGAAAUUUUGAACGGAAGAUGGAUGUUUUGAAAAAAAACAACAUUUAAGCCUAGGAUCUAGAUUGACAAUGUAUGUAUAAGGGUAUGAAAGUUGAAGGAAGACGUGGCAACCAUUUACUUAGGCCUAGGUUCGCCGAUUGUUGAAAGGGUCAACGCAACAACACGUGGCAACCAUUACUGCGGGCACGUAACAGAUACUCUCCCCAGUGAGAGAUAGACCACUACACCGGGGGCCAGGCCCUGUACUAUUUACAGUGUGUGGAGACAAAACAUCAGACAAAACAAACAGAGUCUGAACAAAACAUCCCACCACAGUUUUCUAUAUCUGUCUAACUAAGACCCUGAUAAAUACCUUUCUCACAACUGUGUUGUGCCUAUAGACCACAUCAAAAAUAGAAAAUACCAUGUUCAUGUCAAUAAAAAGUCAGCCAAAUAACAACCUGCCAACGUAUUUCUCUCUUUGUCUCUCUUUUUGUUGCUUUGUAUGCAGAUUUGCAUCGCACCGUCGCUUGCCGAGGUUAACGAGACAAAAUGCAGUUUAAACUUUGGUCUCAGAGCCAUGAGAAUAACAAACGUUGCGCGACUCAAUGUUGAGGUAAGAAGCUACAUAACAGCUGGCGCUUGGUAACAAACCACUAAAACCGUUCCCGCAUUCCACACCUGUGAGCGUGCACAAUAGAGAGGAAAGGUUUGACAUCACGUUACCAUGGUAGCAAAAUUUCUGGACCUCAACCAUCUUUCUUGACAGAGAAGGCAAUUGGAAUUGUCGAGCGACGGAAGAAAGUAUGGGCUCCCGUUUCGUUCCUGAUUUCAAUCAUGAACAGGAAAGUCAUUCACGUCACAUUAGCAGGACCACGGUUUGUUGAGAUCCAGCAAUUUUGCUGCCAUGGUAACGUAACGUACCUACUUCUUCUAUCUCUAAAACAAGAAGAAGGAUUGGGUUUGAAUUUUGUCAUCAAAAGCCUCGAGUUGGUGUCUUUGUUCACAGGAAUGCGGGAACAGUCUAUUGCUUCGUAAACACGAUUGAACCUGUGAACGUCUUUGUUAAAUUGCAGUCAACUAAAUGAAAAUAAUCAUGACACCUUGGAUCCAAAAGGAACCUAAAACUUGACAAAUCUGACUAUUAAAUACCAACUAUGACCACCAUAAAAUCAACACAACAUAGAAAAUCUCUAAAUGUGAUCCCAUGCGUUAAAUUUACGAGCCUCUGUCAUCACUGACAUCACUGAAGUCCUGACCUAGUCGAGAUUCCCGCUCAAAAUAGUUUUAUUUCCUACACCCUAUACUACUAAAAAUAAAAGUAUUGAAGAAAAAUACUCUUAAAUGUGAAUGUCGUGUUAGGGAUUUUCAUCUACUCUGUAUCGUGUAGAGUUAGAGACUGUAGCUACAUUGCGCAAGCUAAACCAUAAAAAAGUUAGAUCUUAUGCAACUGAAUCUCGUUUAAAUGCAUUCGUUAACAGGUUGAUUAUAAAGUGUUGGCUGAAAGACUGGCAAAGAAACUGGAAGAUCACGGUAAGAUUAGAUUAUUGUGUCUUUGGGGCCCUUCCUAACUUAUUCCUAAGACGAUUUUAUCUCUACGCCCUUGCUCCUUAACUGAAUGCAAGUACUUUUCUGUUAUAGGUACCAUUUUAAAAGUUAUAUUUGAAGAUUUUAAACACUUUCUCAAAUUGAAAACCACCCUGCACAGAAAACAAAAUGUCACGAGAAGGUACUCAGGAUCAGUGGUUUUAAAAUGAAUGGUCACAGCGUUUGACCCAUGCACUCGCCCAGCACUAUAACGGCACUAAGGAAUAAUACCACUACCAAUCGAAAACUUGAAUUGAUUUAUCUAUGGGCUGACACACUUUGCAAGACAUUAAAAAGACAAUAAACACUACCCAGGAUGAGAGUGGUUUCGCUGCACCAGUCGACCGAGUAGUCGCCAGUGCAACUCCAUGGUAACAGGUUUACCGACUGGAGGAUUUGAACUGUACUGUACUGUACUGUCUUAGACCGACAGCGUUGAGACACUAAAAAAGCGUCCAAUUUAACUAGGUGUCUUUCUUAUAAGGAAAUAAGAAAAGACUGGCAGGGUCCAACUCUAGGUGUCUUUUUAUGGAUAUGUAUCUCUAAUAAGGGUGUCCGUUAAAAGAGAAUUGGUCUUGUUACGUAUUGCUCGGUAUCUCUUAUUAUCAGCUUGCUUACAAGGCGAGUUGUGAUAGCAGAAUGCAGAGCACAAAAACACCAUAGAGGUUAAUGAUGUGUGAAUAUUUUAUGCUCAGAUAUCAAGUACAAAUUCGAGAAGUUGGAAUACCUCAGAGAAAUACAACGCUUAAAGUCCGCUAUUACCUGCUACCAGGAAAGCGAGAAUUUCGCUGGAAAAGAUGUAAGUCUCUCCGAUUCACUACAUCCUAAUCAAUAUACGUAUAGAAACGGUCAAGGUGGAAAUGGCAGAAUAAUCUCUCACCGUGGGUUCUUAUUAUUCCACCUUCUCACAAUCAUCGCCUUUAACAGAACGGCCUCUCCAACAUUCACGCCAUUCUCCUUUGGGGAAUUUACUUACCUUUUAAAACAGUUGACGAAAAUGUUCGCUGCACUGAAUAGCAAAUUUUACUUUAAAGUAAACAACAAACUACAUGUCCAUUUAGGCUGACCUUCGGUAGCUGACAAGAUGAAGCAAAUUUGUAUUUUCCAUACAUACGAUGAUAUCUUUUCAGCUAGUUUCAGGAAAUUACUUCUUCGUCAUGUUUGGUACCUUUUUUUCUCUGCAGCAUGAGAAACUGGUUUCUGUGAUUGCUAACCUCUCCAAAAGCGUUCAGAGAGAAAAGGAGGAGAAGAACAAUCUCCAAACAAAAUUGGUCUGUCUCAAGAAACAAGUGUCUCAACCAAUGGGAAGCUCCCCUGAUGUCGAGGCCAUUCUGCUGGCAGAACUCAUGUCCUUGGACCUACUGGCAAAUUUACAAACCCCAGAUGUAGCAAAGAGUAUUCUCUCUGACACAUCGUUGCCUGCGAAAGUCAAAAGCCAUCUAGCUUUAUUUGAAACCCAAGAAGCGCUUUUGAGCAACGCUGGCUGCUUUCUGCAACUGCUAGAUUUACAUCUGGUCUGUAAUCAGGAUUUUAUGUGGAGAAAGGACGGAGCGCCCGGGACAAAAGAUCAUCUUCAGUUUACUUUGCCUCGGCCAGGCGUAGUGGAGAUGUCUCCCAAAGACUCUUCUAGAAGUGUCUUCCAGGAACCGAAUCUAAGUCUAUCCAUGUGCAACCCAGAAAGUGAUGAAACCAGUACAGGAUUAGCAGGGGGAGUGAGGAAGAUGCUGGUUAAACUUAUUGGUAGAGACUCUAGGGAAAGGACAUCGCCCGAUGCACAACCCAGUGCCCGCUCAUUCUCUAAUGGACAAGGCUCCUUGUCCGGAAAUGACGGAAGGGUGACUAUGCCUGGUCGAAGGGAGAUCAUGGUUAAGACAAAAGCGCUAUUAAAACAGCUGUCGAAUUCGAAAGGAAACGUGGAGCAGCAAGUGUUAAACUUGAUGUCGUCGCUGGUGGAGGAACAAGUUAAUGGCAGUGAAGGUUAGUGAAAGAGACGUCAGAUACUUGUGGUGCAGCGGUGGUGUGCAGAGGUUGCGAAUUUUAGGGAGAAAAUUUCCUUGAGAGGUUUUGCUGUGACAAAAGAACUUUGAAAACCUUAACCUACUAAUCUCAGCACUCUGUAAUUUGGUUUUUCACCUACAGUUUGACUUUUUCCCGUCUUGAACAUGCUCACUUUCCAAGGCAUUGGUUGUAUUGCGGUUUCGUGUCUGACCAUCCUGUUUACAUAAAAAUCAUGCGCUAACGAUUUGUCCACUAUCCUUAGAUUUAAACAUCCACUACAACUGAAAAUAAGGAAACGACCAUGAUCGUGAAGUGAACUCACGGUUGCCUGAAUUUAUAAAUAACUAGACUCGCCGAAAAGCAACCUCACUGGGCUGCCAUAAAACCUGUGUUGCAUAAAAACGAGAGGUUUUCUAGAACAGACAGGCAACAGCUUAUAAUACAAGGAAUCCACCCAUUAAACCAAUCCCGAUCGAUCCAUGGGCCUCAUUCAACCGAUUGCACUGAGACUAUAAAUAGAUGAUAAUCAUAUUUUAAAAUUAUGGUCGACACCGCGAAAGCGGAUUUUGCCACAAGAUAAAGAUUUUGUCCUUUCGUUUCUUGUUAUUUUUCUUCAACUUAAAGGAAUUAGCUGUUUGCAUUUUCCGACCUCAAAAAGUUUAAAGAUUUGAUUACCCACGUGUUGAUUUCAUCAAAGAAUGAACUUUACAAAAAUGUAAACAGAUUAAACUGUCGCUAGCACAAUUUUUUUAUAUCGUAAUACGAGUUGAGGAUUCGCCAUUUUCCUCAGCCGUGACUAACGUAUUUUCAUGGAAGAAAUUUUAUCCUCUUGUUUAUUCUCCGAGAUUUUAGGCUAAACGCUUUCCACAGGUAAAUCCGUGGGUGGCUAAGGACCAAACUAAACUCACCUCGAAACACAAUAGCUCGUGACCUCGUUUACAUCUAGCCUGGGUCAUAGUGAUGAUUGCAAGAACUUAAAUUGAAGCCCUAUGGUUCAUUCGUAUCAUACUGUACUUCUCCGCCACAUUUACAGUGUACGAAUUCAAAACACCUUCAGUACAAUACAUGUGUUACCUUAUGUUAUGUGACGUUUCGAGUGAAAUCGAUUUAUAUGGGUUUUUUAAGAUCCUACUUUCGAUGGAUUUAGUUUACACCUUCAUCAAAAGGUUUGUAUGGCGAAAAACGUAAAGCGAGCGAACUUGAACGGGAGAUUAGCGUAACAAGGUCAAACGCAAAUUUAAUUCAGAUAAAAGCUUAGCAAGAUACAGAUACAAACAAUAGCAAAAACUCUGACAAUAUGUUGAGAACAACUGUAACCUAUUGGAAGCCAAGUUACCAAAAUUGAAAUGCUGAACUGGGAAAACAUGCUUUGUCGAAACACGCACCGCUUUCUGGGUUAAACUGGGUGAACAAUUAACAGCGCCCGUAUGUAAGUGCCCGGAUGUUGCCGAGACGACUGAACGGAAGAGGAGUUAUAACUGGGCGUGCCUUGAGGCAGCCCAGUAAUUAAUGCACACCUCGUGAAAACUUUUAAUAAGUAUGCUUUACACAAAAAGAAUGAAAAAAUUUGAUCGAAACAGCUAAUAUAUUUUGAAGAAGCCCUUUGAUUCAACCUUUUCUCCAUGUUACUUAUCCCCUUAACUAAACUAAAUCUCGUAACGUCGUGGCGCUUAAUUGCAUGCUUCAAUGCCUUUUAUAGAAUCUUUGGCGGAAACGUUGCAGUGGAACGAGUUGAGGAAGAAGCUCACCAGAUUGAUCAUGUUUCGACGAAAUAACAUGCCAAGUAAGAAUAAACAUCUGUUUGGACUUGGAUCUCUUGGCUAGUGAUAAACUUAAUCUUACUGUUUAUUGGUGUAUUCACUUCUUUACUUCUUUGUAAUGCAAUUGCAUGGGUUAUCGUAGGCUUAAGUGUAAACUUUUUUGACCAUGUAAUUCGCCGUAGUAGCCAGCAAAAGGAAUUCAGUGCCUUGCAACUCCGCGGCACACUUAUCAUUGCGUGUGUUGUUCAUUACUUGUUCACAAUGUACUUGGUACAUGUGAUAUGAGUUUUGAUGAGUGACAAAAUCGAAUCUCAUUUAAAACUAAAAGUUACUCUCCAUAACCACGAUGGCUUUUCCCUUGCAGGUUUAACUGACGCCGAUUUGUGGGCAAAUUCUGAAAAUUUAAACUCUGUUCUGGAGAACUGUCUUCGGUUUGUGAUCAUUGACAAAACACUACUGGCAUGUCUGCUUGUUAUAGAGCUUAUAGAUCUACGACAAGCCUGUGAAAUUAUCGAAGGAAGGCGACACUUUCCCACCGACCCAAACCAAAGUAUUGCGCAAGAAGACACACUUAAUCCAAAUAAAUCAUACAACGAAAAGUCUGGCGUUAAGGGGGAUAUUGAAAUAUCGACGAGUACCGGAAACAGAAAAGGCGCCUUCGCAGGUCAAGAGAAUGGAAAAAAACCAAAGGAAUCGAUAUCACCAAGGCGCGAAAAACUUCGAAAUCUCAAACACAGUAAAACAGAACUUGAAAAGGAAAUCAGCGAAGUACACGAGGACACCAGCAAGCUUGAAACAGAGCUCUUCUCCACAAUGGAAGAGAAGACUAAAGUUGAAGAAGAACUGUUCGGAAUGAAGCAUCACGUCACGAAACUACGAUCUGAAUUGUUCCACCUUAAACUGGAAAAAUCAAACUUGGAAAAUGAUGUCAAAAGGUCCCAGAGUCAAGAGAAUUUACAGCAAUCCAUUGAUGGUGAUGACGGAAAGGUGGUCGUUGAAUCGCCUAAAGAGGUGGUAAGAACUUACCCAGAGCUCUCUGACGUUAUGGAAGUUUCACAUGAAAGUAACGACAGUGAAAACAGUUCUCAGAUGAGCGAUGGACAUGAGUCCAGAGAAGCGUUCUUGAAAACAUGUAUGGAGAACAUAUCCAAGAUUUACCCCUUUAUGCCUCACCCUGGCGUAGAGGCAGCUAGUGACGAUGAAUUAACUGAUGAUCAGGAACCGACGUUUUCCGACGCGAACAUAGACGACAGCGAUGAAGAGAUCAUUAUUACGAAACUUGCACGAAGUCUCCGUUCACCUUGCACAAGCCCAGCCAAAGAGAAAUCAAGCGAAGCGACAUCACCAAGUAAGAGUGGAAAGAAGCUGAAUGCUACCUCUUUAGGUCCAAGGCAAAAAGCGAUUAUGGCAAACGAUAACAACGAAGACUUGAAAAGCAAGUCAAAGGAAGCACUGAUGAAACAAAUACAAGAGUUAAAGAGAAAGUUGCACAAAACCGAACAAGAAUUAGCGGAAGCUCAAGAGAGUAGCGAAGAUUUGGAAGAAGAGCUCGAUCACAAGAAAGGACAGUUAGCAGAGGCACAAGAAACCAUAACCAAUCUGGAAAACCAGCUGGUAGAAGAGAAGGAAAAUUGUGAACAGGUUCGAGAAGAGUACUUCAAUGUCAAAACCCAGAGGGAUAUACUCGAUGAAAAGAUAAAGGCUUUACGAUCAGAAUUAGAGAGGGUGUUAGUGAGAGAGAACAAUGCUCUUAGUGCUGCACUGAAAACGUCUCAAGGUUAUAGAAGCGACAAUCCACCUCCCUCGCCAACCAAGAUAACGACAAAGUCUUCACUGAAGUCUCCUGGGAAAACAAAGGUCGGCAAAAUUGACCUUCGAAAUCCUCCUCAAACUCAGUUCACAUCAAACGAGAUGGAAGUGGUUGGCCUCCUAGAAGAAACGGCUGAACUGAAAGUUAAACUAGAUAAAGCGACACAGGAAAAAGCUCGAUUGGAAAAGUCGCAAAAAUUCCAAGAAGAAAAAUCAGCAAGGAUGACAGCUGCCUUAAGAACGAGCGAGGAUGCAUGCAGCCGACUCAAAAACGAAUUCGCCAUUCUUAAAAAAGAGAAGAUGAAAUUGGAAGGUGAAGUUGUUGAUAUACGAAACAACAACUUGAAAAUUGUGGACGAACUUCAGAAGUACAAAGACAAGUCAUCGCGUCUCGAGAAGGACAUUGAAGCCAUUUCGUACAUGAGCACGAGACUAGAAAAAGACAACAAAAUGCUCGAAAUGGAGAUUUCUCAGAUGGAAUCUGAUUUAUCUUCUUGUAAAAGCAAACAUGAAGUUGCGUCCAAGGAAUGUAAACGCCUCAACCAAGAACGAGUUCAGGUUGAGAAAGAGUGCGAAAAGGCUCUUCAUGAACUCGAAACUCUCAAAAUACAAAAUACUCAAUUGUUGGAAUCCGAGGAGUCUGAACAGAAGAGACUGAAUUGUAAUUUGCAGAAAGAGUUGGCAGGCAUGGCGGAAUACCAGGAAGCGUUAGAAAAUGAAUACUCGAAAGUAAAGAGCAUGGAACAGAGUCUCAGGCAAGAACUAGCUAAAGUAAGUUCUCGUGUUGUUGAAGUGCAAACAGAACUCGCCACAGUUACACAAAAUAGCCACACUGAAGGAGCGAUUGCCAUCUUCAGGGAAGGCAGUCUGAGCUUUGGGCAGGAAUCGCACAACAAUACACAGAAGCCAGAGUUAAUCAAGGGGAAGAAAACGUUUAACAAAACUCCUAGUAAGAAAUUUUACACCAUCACCCAUACAAGUGAGGAUGAAAUAGGGGACACAUCUUCAUCCAUAGCUGAAUCGCCUGCAGACGAAAGCAAGCAACUAGAACACGAAUAUCAGCUACUGAAGCUCGAGAAUGGGUACCUUCAACAGCAACUAUCAGAAAGUGAACACGUUCUUACAAUGUACAGGCAAGACCUAGAAAGUGCUCAUGAUCUCAUAGACAAACUACAAGCUAACGAAGCUAAGGUAUUACCGAUAGACCAGAAAAACGAGUUACCAGAAGAGGACUGUAAAACUCCUUCAGACAAGGACGAUACGAUUAAGGAGAUUAAAGAAUACCCUGAUAAUGCGAAUGACGAAUACAAGUUACUGGAAGAAAAACACGCUGAGCUGACCAGAGAAUAUGAAAUCUUACGACAGCAAUAUCAGGAGGCUCUCACCGACAAAGAAAAAGAAGCAGACGGAAUGGCUAGGGAAACCACAAAUUUGAUACAAAGCGUACCUGCCAUAGACCAAACAGAAAAAGUGGUAUUAAGUGCAAAGAAAGAUGUUUCAGGUCUAACGGAGAGAAUUACAGAACUAGAAGCUGACAAUGGGCAUUUGAAAAUACAAGCAGAAGAACUAUCAAGAAAUGAAAUGGCUAAAAUUGUUCUAAUAAGGUCACUAGAUGAUGCCAAACAGGAGAUUACCCAGUUGAAAAGUGAGAAUGAAGAGUUGAGAGCUCAAAGUGAUGUUAAAAUUCUGCAACAAAGCACCAGCGGUGGCCUACCGAAUCCACUGCAACUAGAACCCAUGAAAGACGUUUAUCGCAGGGUAACGAGCGAUGACGAUGAGGUCAUAAAGCGUAAGCUCGAAGAAGAUCUCUUGAAAGUUACGAGCGAAAAAUUGAAGCUUGAAUUUGAAUUAGCAAGUGCUAACAAAGACUGUGAACGUCUUAAGAAUGACCUUGAUCACAGUGAGUCCGAGAGAAAUCUCUUGAAUUCGCAGUUGAAUGACAAUAUUGAGAAAGCGGCAAAUUUGGAAGUACGUCUCGUGGAGAUGCGAUGUUCUUGUGAAACGAUUAAGGAAGAGAUCAACAUGCUGAAGAAUCAGAAGCGACAAGAAAGUUUUCACCUACACGAAGCAAGUGUUUGUAAAGAGAUCUUGGAGAAGCGUUUAGAAGAUUCUCUCAAAGAGAACAACUUUUUGCGUCAAGAGCUGGAUACCUUGCACGAGGAAAGAAGAGAGAGCGAAAAGAACAGUGCAAAAUUAGAAAAAGAGAAAGACCAACUAACGAUAGAAAUAGAAAACGUAAAAACACAGAUUCGAAAGUUAGAACUAGAAUUUGAGGAGUCAAAAGCCGAGAGCGAGACGAGACAGAACGAAAAGAACCAAGAUGAAAAGAUGACGCACGGCGAUUCUGGUAUGGAAAACUUUGUAGGUUACAGUAAGCGAAAUAAAGACGAUCAGGAACAAUCACCUUGUCAUCGCGAAGAAGUAUACAUUACCACCGACCACAGCCAGAUGAAAAAUCCACUGGAGGAAGUGAAAAAUGUUAAGGAAAGCCAUGAAAAUAUUACAAUUACCACAACAGAUAGUUGUGGCCAAUGUAAAGCAAAGGAAGAUGAGGCAACAGUUAACUACCAAACUGAAAACAAGUCUCAGGGCGAAAGAACCACAUUUGAUACAUUAGAAAUUGAAAAACAUACAAUAUUACUGGAAAAAGAGAAAAGGCUUCUGGAAAAGGAACUAACCAGAGUCCAAGAAGAAUGCAGUAAGCUAAAGCACAAACUCGAAGUCAUCAAAUACGCAUCGGAGAAUACGCAAACACAGGAAGAGAGAAGAAAAGAUUUAGAGGAAAGACAUGAACAGCUACAGAAGGAGCUCCAAGAGCUCCGUGCUUUAAAUCAGAGACUUGAAACAGAGUGCGACGACUCACAUAAAUUAAUACAAGAGCUUGAAGUGAAGACCAAGGCACUGGAAAGCUUGCAAAAAGAGCUUCAUUGCUUUCACAAAGAAAACGAGCGGUUGACGCAUGAGGUGGAGAUAAUACAAAACACGAGUAAAGCCAUGACAGAUCACCAACGUAGCAGGGAAUCGCUGGAGUCAGAAAACGCUACCCUUAAAGAAAAACUUGAACGCCUUAAGGAUUGCAACGGGAAACUGCAAGCGGAGAUAGAGGAGCUGGGUAGAGAGCUGCUCACUUUUAAAGAGCAAAGCAGGAAUAUUAGUCAAGAUUCAUCAGAAAAGAGUAACGUAUCACUCCAAAAUCAAGUUGAGAAGCUUCAGAAGAUGCAGAAACAUCUUGAGAGUGAACUCGCAUCAUCUCGGGAAAAGAUCAAAGAACUUGAAUUGGCGAACGAGUCUCUGAGGAAGGAGAACAAGGCUGUGAAAGGUAGAAUUAAGAGCCUGGAACAACGAAAUGAAGAACUGCGACGGAAGGAUGACAAGAAGAAAACAAACAACGUCGAAAAUAAGCCGAAGGCAAAGAUCAAAGGGGAACCGAUUGCAUUAAAAGACAGCAAAGAGGCUACAUCUGUAACAAGCAAAACAGCCGAGGAAACGGCAAAGAACUUGCAAACUAAAAUUGAACUUCUGGAAAACGACAAGAUCCAAUUAGAAGAAAAACUCAACAGUUUAAAAGAAAAAAGUAAUGGUGCAGUCAAGCCUGCACCUCGUGCCACUAUGGCUACUCAAACCACGGAACUUCAAUCCGAGGAUGAGACCGUGGAAACGCUUAACACUGUAACGCCUUCUAUCUUAAAAGACCACAACAAAGCAAAUGCAAAACCUGAAAAUGAAAGUGCAAGCACACCUUUAACUAUCGACAUGCAGACAGGGUACUCGUUGAUGGCAAAGGAGAAAUUGGUACUGGAGAGAAAGGCUACACAUUUCGCCAGAACACAGAUGCAACUAGAGCAAGCUUUUGCUAAGGCGAUGAAGGAAAAUGCGAUGUUAAAGGCCAAAGUUGGCGAGAAAGAAAAUGUCCUUGAAAUUCUUCGUGAGAAAGUACAUGAACUGGAGAAAAAGAACUCAGCGCACCUAUCUUCCGUGGACUUAAAGCAAAAUGUGCUAAUAUCCAGCGACAGUGAGUCAGAAUUUGAACAAGACAAAGCCACAGACCCCUCGACAAAAGACAGGGGCAAAAGCGAGAAUGCAGACUCUGAAACCAGCUUGCACGAAGCGUUGAAAUCAGCAAAGAGUAACAGAGAGUGCCCGUCAAACCCAUUGCAGCCUGACGUUGAAGAAUCAAGAAGGGAAAAAGAGAAGCUAGUUGAAAUGGCUAAGCUGAAACUUCAACAGGAAAGUUGGGAAAACGUCCCAAAGCAACAGGAAGAUCUGCAACUCUUAGUAAUGGAGGUAGAAAAAUUAACCACGGCGAAUAAUCACAGCUGUCUAAUAAAACCAUCCCGGAUCGAGGUUGAACAACCACAACGUGCAAGUGCUCCAGUUGACAAGGAAACCACCACCGGACUUGACAGAGACGUUCCGCAGUUCAUCUUGCCUAGUAAUCACGGAUGCGAACCAAAAUCAGUGCAGCCUGAUGUUGCUGAUCAAAUAGUAACACAAAAGGAAACGAAAGAACUGGUGCAAGAAAAUCAAUGCUUCAAAACUGAUAAGGAUGAUGUGGAAGAUGCCCUAGCACAGAAAGGCCAUGAAACCCUAAGCGAAGAAUCGACAGAGGAACAACAGGCAACUUUCAAAGGUGUCUGCCAGUUGAAGACAACUCAAUUUGAAUUUGGGAGGGAGCAACUGGUAGAACAUGAUGACCGCAAGUGUCUCGAGAAUCUCGCACAAGAAAAUGAAUUGCUCAAACAAGAAAGAGAGAGCUUACUUGAGGAAUUAGAGGAAGCAAAUAAGCAAAAAAACUGGACGGAGAAUGAGCUAAAGCAUAACAAAGAGUCCUGUCUGAAACAGGAACAAGAGAUGAAACUUUUACUCUCAUCCUAUAGCCAAGAAAAAGAAAGCUUGUUAAAAGAAGUCGAAAACACAAGUACUGAUUGUCGGAAAGCUAAGGAAAAACUGCGAGAAUUGCAACAGAUCGAGUCUGACUUUGACGAUAUUCGGAGAAAGAGUAAAGAAGCUGAACACCUGAUAACGGAACUUGAGAAAGACUUACUUUCUCAAACCGAGAUGAAAAACGAGUUGAAACGUGAGCUUCAAACGUGUCAAAACCAACUUCAAAAAAUGACCGAUCUGGAAAAACAGUUACACUCCUGUAGAGCUGAAAUUAAAGACCUACAAUACAGAAACGAGCACCUUACAGAGGAAGUGAAAAGAUGGAAAGAUGCGAAUGAAGCGCAAUACAGCAGCUUACAGCUGGUAAAAGCAGAGAAACCGAAAAGGAACUCUGCAAGCACAAAUCCUAGCACGAAAAGCUUUCAAAGUCGGUGCGUUCAAACCAUUACUUCUUUCUAUAAAUGGGAAAAUAACGUUCUUGAAGACAAAACCGUGGCAAACGCUAGCCAUGGAGAUAACGCUAGCCAUGCAGAAAAUGCUAAAGGUAUUGAUAACGAUAAAGAAAACAGUUACCAGAACAAAACUGAGGAUGUCUCAAACAACACCAAUGCCGUCGAGAGUAACAGCUAUGGUGUUCAAAGCAUCAGCCGUUCCGAUAUUCCAGAAGGUAAUUUCGACCACCCAGAAAAAACUGCGGAGAUGACACUAUCAAAUUGCACAGGACCAAAGAUGUUAGAAGAAGCAAUUUAUUACCAGGGACUUCCUAUUCCAAUAAUCAUCGUGUCGCAGUUCGAUGAUAUUGGCAUAAGUAGAAGCGAACACACUGCAACAUUCAGUCUUCGCAUCGAAGACUUUGAAUGUGACUCACCAAACGAUCAGAGCACUCCAGACGAAGAAAACGAGAAAUUUGAGCAUUCCGUGGACAAAGAACGUUGCAGAGAGAUGAAGCCAGAGGGUCCAGUUGGUUUCAUCAAUACCUUACAAGAUAUGAACGAAAAGACAUUUGAGAUAAAUUUACCUUCGGAAACAGAAUUCACAAUCAUGGAAAAUGAGUAUCCGGGGGCGUCUUAUACUACGGUUGUCCUGGAACCAGGUGAAACGUCCAGCCUCGAAGCUCCAAGUAAUUUAUUGCUAACUGACCAGCAAAUAUCUGAUGAUGCACCUAGCGAUGCCUUAAGCAGCAAGCCAAUGGAAAUAGAAGAGAUAAGCUCCAAUGACAGGGAAAUUCCUGACACCAACACUGAUACUGAUAUUUCAAAAACAAGACGUGAAUUAGAGUGGAAUAUCUCCAGUUUAAAGUCAGAGCUGGCACAACGUGCUGAGGAACACGAGAAAAACCAGCUUGAAAUUGGCGCGCUAAUGGACGAAAAGCUAUGCAUGAAAAGGGAAAUCAGCUCAUUGGUUAGUGAAUGCGAGUCACUUCGGGCAAAAACAGCUGUGCUUCAAACACAGAAUGAAGCGAUUUUGAAGGAACAAAUCCUAAACGACGAGGAACUUGAAGAGCUUCAGCAAAACCUGAGAGACUUAAAACAAGAAAAAAAUGAGAUCGAAGAAGCUAAAAAGAACCUUGAAAGCCAAAAUGCAAGACUUGAGAUUGAAUUAUCAGACGCUAUGGAAACAAAAGAGGCGAUGGAGCGAGAGCUGUUUCGCGUAAGUUCCGAGGACACAGAUGCGUCAAAACUCAGGUUGGAGACACAACUCCAUGAUAUAACUGAAAGAUACACCAAACUGGAAACAGUGCUGUCAUGCGUGCUUGAUGAGAACUCUCAAAUGACGGCACAGCUCUCGGCACUUCAAUCUGAGAACAACAUGCUAAAGAGCUUUAAGAUUAUGGAGAUCACUGACAACUGCACCCAGUUCUCCCCAAGAACAACAGAAGAUGAAAGUGACGGCGAAGGAAGACAAUCUGAGAAAAGAAAAGAAGCUGAGACAUUAACAAAGCCGUUUACCUCAAAAGCUAACUUAACAUUAUCGGUUGAUGAAAAAUUGAUACAGGUGCCUUCAACUAAUUCUCCACCAUCUCCAAACGGUCAAGGAAGAGCUGUCAGCAAUGUUACGCCAUGUCAAGCCGAAGGCAAGGCAGGAGAAAACACAUAUCAGCUCCCACGUUCGUCAAAUGUUUCUCGCCAGAAGAAAACAGAACUGUCAAUAGACCACGUGGGAAAUUCGCUUGACGAAGAGAAAAGCAUAAAAAGGGAUCGAGGUCCUUUGACAGCUGAGAAUAGCCAUCAAUCCUUGAGGUCAAGUCAUGAUGCAAGAAAUGGUAGAACUCCCCCAUUGCUGACUGACUAUGAAAGAGCACUCACCGAAAAAUCCCUAAAACACGCUACUCCUAUGAUAAACAGGCUGCCUCAGAGGAAAAGGCUAAAGAACAAUUCCAGAAAAUAUGCCAGCUUUGAUCCAAUGUAUGAUGCCUCUGAAGAUGUUCUAACGCGCGAUUCUGAUGAUAAUGAUUCCAGCAUGGAGGUUAACAACACGAGUAGCUCGCUUGUGUCCGCAACGGAUCUCGACAUGAGUAUAUCCUCUGAUCAAAUUUCGUCAGAAGAUAGCACCAAUAUAGGCCCCGAAAUAAGGGUGCUACAAAAGAUGCAGAAAGAACUCGCAGAGACCAAAUGCAGUAAUGUUCUUGUGAAGAAUGAGUUGUCAAUUAUCAAGAGGCACAAUUCGGAUCUUCAGAGUCAAGUGCAAAAGUUACUGAGCAGAAAUAAUCACCUCAAAACUAAAAUGUGUGAGAGGACAUUAUCUGUAAAAAGGAUGGAAAAGGAGGUGUCAAGUAUAAAAGAUGACAAUAACAGAUUACAACAAGAAGCUCUCGCCAUGCAAGAAGAAAUGUCAAGACUCGAAAAAGAAAAGGCUAAAUUCGAGCGCAAUAUGUCCUCGACAAAAUCAGAAAAUAAACGAUUAAAGUCUGAUUUGUCAAGCAUUAAGGCAGAGAGUUACAGAACCAUGAAAGAACUAGUAAACCUACAGAGUGAGAACAGGAGGCUACAACUAGAAAUUGGGAAGCUAAGAGAGGAAAUUCGUAGCUUCAAAGGAGUUUUAAGCGAUGAGUCAGUGUCACAGGAGUUACCCUUGUGGGGAUCAUUAUCCAAUGGGGAUCUUAGGAGCGUAUCUCGCAGAGGUUUACAGGAACGACCGGCAAGACAAGACUCUAUCUAUCUCCAGCAGAGAGCGUCCACUGACAUUGCUUUUAGCCAGCACAAACAACACACUGAACGUACCCAAAUGCCGGUAAGAGGACUUCACAUUGUUAGUAAAGUCAAAUCCAGUUUAUACCGACACUGAGGGGACCAUAGAAAGUCUCCGUAUUAAGCGGAUUCAAUUUAGAGAAAAUACAAGGCCUUUCUUUCCCCAGGGACUGUCCGUAAUAAUGAGGUGUUCGUAUUAAGCGGGUGUCCGUAAAGCGGGGCUUCACUGUAGUAUCAAAAAACAAAUUAAGUAAGCAUAACGAAAGUUGGAGAGCUGGAUAAUGUAAAAGCCAUAAGGAAUAGAAUAUUCCUAGAUAAAACAGUGACAUCCCGUCAUUAAAGUAGAACUGGACUGAUUCAUUUCACAGUUUGCUAAAGAAAUUGGUCAAGGUAUAGGUCUAACCAAAAACGAUGCUAUAAAGUAUUAAUUGGGAGUUCACCCGUCCACCCAGGACACACCUUCACCCUCACGUUUGUCAUGUAAUACACUUAAAAUAAUCAGUCAAUUGUUGGAUAGUCUGAAUUGGAUUUCUUCGUAAGGUAUCGUAAAAAAUAAAAUGAAACAGUGCCAGUUUUGCACUAGCUUCAUUGCCGAAGAGCCAGAGAGGUAAAAUCAAACGUCAGCAAAGCCCAUAUUUCAUCCCAUCUCGCCGACCCCGAACAACCACGGCUUAAGUCAGAUAGCUUAUGACACCAAUUCAAUUUUCAGACUGGGCGUGGUGGAGCCAGCGUUUGUUUGAAUCUGUAGUUUCGUCAAGCGUGUUAAUCAGCUUUAAAGUCUCCUGUGUAUCUUUACCUUGCAUCCUAGAGGGGUUUUCAACUCCCUCUUUUAAUUCGAGGCCUAGUGUUUAAUCUAGAAAACACGGUAAUUUUGUUUUCGCUUACUAACGAGACAAGGCCUCUUUAAGGUUCUAUUGAUAAGAGCUCCAAAGCACGUUGGUGGACUUCAAUCAUUUUAAAAAAAUGUUUCAGCAAAGAUCAUUAUUUCUCUAUUUAUGCUCUUCAUCAUCAUCACCGUCAUCUUCUUUCUUCUGACAGGAAUUGCUACCCUUGAACCUGACUGCAGAGCUGAAUGAUCAACAUUCAGAUGGAGGGAGCAUUGGCAAAGCAUUGACUUCAUCUGGUAAGUUUCUCGGCCCAUCGAACACAUAUGAUUUCCCAAGACCCUUUUUAUUCCUUUGUAAUAUUCCAGAGAAAAAAAAAAGGAUUUAAAAGAACGGUGUAGGUCAGAUUCUUGUAAUUUGAAAGCUCAGUAAAAGCAAUUUUCGCUUUCUAAAACAGCAGACACAAUCAGUGGGAACAGCUCAGUUGGUACAAGAGCACCAGAUCCGCUGUCAAGGCUAGCAAGUCCGUUAUCCUUCACAAGUGAAGGCAGCCUUCCAAGUGAACAGAAUGGCAGAGACGAAAAUGAACACAACAGGGAAAAAGUUGCACAACAGGAUCAAGAUGAAGAUGAGGGAAAGGGAAAGAACAAGAAAAAGAUUAAAACUAUUUUAAGGAAGCUGCAAAAUAGCAAAAAGACGAAAUCAUCAAAAUAGGCACUCUUUUUAAACAUUUCGAGAGAUGAUCAACUUUUCCUAAAAUUGUUUUCCUUACAGGGUUCUCAGUUGAAUGUCCACCGAUUUUUCCUUUGUAUAGUAACUGGUAGCAAAACCUUUCGUUGUCCUGACUAAAAAUAGCACAAUACAAGAAAUCUUAAAUUACUCCCAUAUCGGCUUUCUUUGAGUUUUGGCCUUCCGAUCAGUGUGGUUUCAUCCAAUUGAAAAUCACUCAAAAGAUUCAAAGGUAUAACAGAUAAGAUCGGUUUUGGAAGCAAUUUAGUAAUUGUUUGGGCUUUGCAUUGCUCAAACAUUUUCGCGUCUUUUUCUCAACCAAUCUUGCCCUACCAGGAAGCGUUUUCCUGCCCUUGACCGUGCGUCGGCUUCAAGCAUUUGCCUUGAAAGACGAUUCGUUUACUUAAUUGCCUGCUCGUAUCGUGAUUGGCCCAAGUAAUUAUUAUCGUUUUACGGUUCACGCCAUCGAUGAACUGAAAUCAAUCACUUUUGUUUUGGUUUCACGACCCUCGGUGAAACACCUCUUUAUUAGAUCAAUUCCUCGCCACAGAGAGGCCUUAACAAACCGCUGUGAUAAAACGUGGAAC